CGACCACCUGGUUUAAUUAAGAAUGCAAUUACACACCUUUUACCUGUGCGUCACAUGACCAGAAACUCCUCCGCACCCUCUUUCCGCAGACCUCGCGUCCGCGCCGAACAACACGCGUUGUGUUUUUUAAGGAGCUAUUUAUUGACGUUUGAAGCGUUUGACUUGUCGGACCGGUCUGGCAGGUUCGUCCGGGGGCAGAGCAGAGCAGGUGAGGUGAGGCAGCGGAGGGGAGGAGGAGAAGGGCGGGGACCCGCAGCCGCCACCGCCGGUCACCUUUACACAAGCAGGAAGAAGAGGAAAACAUGGUGCGGUGACAAAACGCCCGGGACACCGACUGAGAGCAAAAUUAGGCUUUUUAUUUUAUUUUAUAAAUACAAGUUCGCCAAAGAACACGCGAGAUACCUAAGGUGCCAAGAUGAAUCGGCAUCGCGUGGACUCCCAGGGUUCCCUGGGGCCUGACGAUGAGGUCAUGCCGUACAGUGACGACGAGACGGAUGACGAACUGGAGCCGAGCUCUGAAGAUGAACCAGAAGAGCUGCCAGGGGCCCCGCAACCGCCGGUGGAGGCUAAACCCAGCGAGAUGGGAUGGAAGGUGAAAGCCAACGACCGACCAUAUCACCACCUGCCAGAGUUUCAGAAAAAAGUGUUCCUAUGCAUCAAGAAGAGCAGAUACUCUGGAAAUGCCAUCAAGACGUACAAGUACAACGUCCUCACCUUCCUCCCUCUGAACCUGUACGAGCAGUUCAAGAGAGUCGCCAACCUCUACUUCCUGGCUCUGCUCAUCCUACAGAUUAUUCCGGACAUUACUACUCUGCCCUGGUACACCACACUGAUUCCUCUGGUGGUGGUGCUGGGAGUCACUGCCAUCAAAGACCUGGUCGACGAUCUGGCGCGGCACAGGAUGGACAAGGAGAUUAACAACAGGAAGUGUGAUGUGCUGCUGGACGGAGGGUUUCAAGAGUUGAAGUGGAGCAACAUCCAGGUUGGAGACGUGGUUCGACUGAAGAAGAACGACUUCAUUCCGGCUGACGUCCUGCUGUUAUCCAGCUCCAACCCAAACAGCCUCACCUAUGUAGAAACGGCUGAGCUCGACGGGGAGACCAACCUGAAGUUUAAGCUGGGACUCCGAGUGACCGAUGAGAAGCUGCAGGAGAUGCGUGAGCUCGCUGACUUUAAUGCUCUGAUCGAGUGCGAGGAGCCGAACAACCGCCUGGACAAGUUUGUGGGGACGAUGCUGUGGGACGGGGAGCGCUACCCUCUGGACCAGGACAACAUGCUGCUCCGAGGCUGCAAGAUCCGAAACACUGAAGUGUGUCAUGGCCUGAUCAUCUUCGCAGGAGCCGACACCAAAAUCAUGAGGAACAGCGGGAAGACGAGGUUCAAGAGGACCAGAAUUGAUGAGCUGAUGAACUACAUGGUUUACACGAUCUUCGUGCUGCUGGUCCUUGUGUGCGCAGGUCUGGCCAUCGGGCACACCUUCUGGUACGACGACAUCGGCUCCAAGGCCUGGUAUCUGUUCGAUGGCAAAAACCAGGACGCCUCCCACAGAGGCUUCCUCAGCUUCUGGGGAUACAUCAUCGUCCUCAACACCAUGGUGCCCAUUUCGCUAUACGUCAGUGUGGAGGUGAUUCGUCUGGGCCAGAGCAAGUUCAUCAACUGGGACCUGCAGAUGUAUUUCUCAGAGAAAGACACACCGGCUAAGGCUCGAACUACCACCCUGAACGAGCAGCUUGGUCAGAUCGAGUACAUCUUCUCCGACAAGACGGGAACUCUCACACAGAACGUCAUGCAGUUCAAGAAGUGCACCAUCGCUGGACGCAGCUACGGUGACCCAACUACAGCUGAGGGAGUGGUGCUGGACCGAGGAAGGCCAGUGGACUGGAGCUGGAACCGUCAGGCUGACAGAAAGUUUGAGUUCAUGGAUCAUGCCCUGGUCGCCCGCGUCCGAUCCGGGAAGGAUAAAGAUGCUAAUGAGUUCUUCAAGCUGCUCUCUCUCUGCCACACCGUCAUGGUGGAGCACAAAGAUGGCGAGCUGGUGUACCAGGCGGCGUCUCCCGACGAGGGCGCCCUGGUGACGGCCGCCAGGAACUUCGGCUACGUGUUCCUGUCUCGCACGCAGGACACUAUCACCAUCAGGGAGAUGGAGCAGGAGAGGACCUACGAGAUGCUGGCGCUUCUCGACUUCAACUCCGACCGCAAGCGCAUGUCCAUCAUCUUGAAGUUUCCCGAUGGUCGCAUCCGUCUCUACUGUAAAGGAGCCGACACGGUCAUCUACGAGCGACUUUCCCCAAACUCAGGACACAAAGAGACCACUCAGACUGAUCUGGACGUCUUUGCCAACGCGACCUUGCGGACGCUGUGCUUGUGCUACAAAGACAUCAGCACUGAAGAGUAUGAGGCCUGGUCCCGGAAACACAAGGAGGCCAGGGUGUCCACGUCCGACAGAGACGCCGCCCUCGACCACGUGUACGAGCAGAUCGAGAACAACCUGAUGAUGAUUGGGGCGACAGCCAUCGAAGACAAAUUGCAGGACGGCGUACCGGAGACCAUCGCCGCCCUCGCCAAGGCUGACAUCAAGAUCUGGGUCCUGACUGGAGAUAAGAAAGAAACGGCAGAGAACAUCGGAUAUUCUUGUUCCCUUUUGACAGAGGACAUGCAGAUCCACUACGGAGAAGACAUCAAUGAGAAGCUGGGGAUCCGUCAGGCCAACCGGAGAAACGAGCCUAGAACUCUCCGUCGAGGCAAAAAGAAACCCACGGAGCCUUUCUUCCCUGCGCCAGGCAAAAACGCUCUCAUCAUCACCGGAGGAUGGCUGAACGAGAUUCUAUACGAAAAGAAGAAGAAACGCCGCCGUCUGCGCCUGCGUCGUCUGGGAAAGCGAACGCCUCCCAGCAACCCUCAGGACGGACAGCCAAUGGACGACUGGGAGAAGGAGAUGAGACAGAUUGACUUUGUGGACAUGGCCUGUGAGUGCGAGGCAGUCAUCUGCUGCCGCGUCACACCGAAGCAGAAGGGAAACGUGGUGAGUUUGGUGAAGAAGUACAAGAAGGCUGUGACACUGUCCAUCGGAGAUGGAGCCAACGACGUCAACAUGAUCAAGACUGCAGACAUCGGGGUGGGCAUAAGCGGUCAGGAGGGGAUGCAGGCCGUCAUGUCCAGCGACUACGCCUUCGCUCAGUUCCGCUACCUGCAGCGCCUCCUGCUUGUGCACGGGCGCUGGUCCUACAUCCGAAUGUGCAAGUUCCUGCGUUACUUCUUCUUCAAGAACUUUGCCUUCACACUGGUCCACUUCUGGUACUCCUUCUUCAACGGAUACUCCGCACAGGUCACCUAUGAAGACUGGUUCAUCACUCUCUACAAUCUUGCUUACAGCAACUUACCUGUUCUGCUAGUUGGACUUCUUGACCAGGACGUUAACGACAAACUGAGCAUGAAAUUCCCCAAACUCUAUCUGCCGGGCCAGCAGGGGACGUUUUUCAACUACAAGAACUUCUUCAUCAGCUUGUUCCACGGCAUCUUCGUCUCGCUCAUCAUCUUCUUCAUCCCCUACGGAGCCUUCCUGCAGACCAUGGGGCAGGACGGGGAGGCCCCCUCCGACUACCAGUCCCUGGCCGUCGUCACCGCCUCGUCGCUCGUCUUCACCGUCAACCUGCAGAUCUCUCUGGAGACCUCCUACUGGACCUUCGUUAACUGCUUCGCGGUCCUGGGCAGCAUAGCCAUCUACUUUGGCAUCAUGUUUGACAUCCACAGUGCUGGGAUCCACGUCAUCUUCCCGUCAGCAUUCACCUUCACCGGUGCGGCGUCAAACGCUCUGCGUCAGCCCUACCUGUGGUUAACCAUCAUCCUGACUGUGGGCAUCAGCCUGCUGCCUGUCAUCUGCAUCCAGUUCCUCAGUAAAAGCAUCUGGCCCUCUGUAGGAGAUAAGAUCCAGAGGAACAGGAAGAGGUACGAGAUGGAGAUGGAAGAGGAGGAGAGGAAAAAACCGCCAGCCUUCCAGCGGGGUCAGCGUUCCCGCCGCUCCGCCUACGCUUUCUCUCACUCCCGCGGCUACGCAGACCUCAUCUCGUCAGGGCGGAGCAUCCGCCGGCGCCCGGCGAGCCGCAGCGGACCCCAGGACAGCAUCAGGGAGGUUCCCCAGAGAGAGGCCGAGAACAUCUAACGCAGAUGAGCGGAAAUGGAGCAGAACUGUAUCCAGAAAGGGUUGUUAAUAUUUGGGAAAGUUCGAGGAGCGCUUGGUUCAUCUUAAUUUUUUGCUGCUUAAGUGGCCAACAUUAGAAAUGGCACAUAAACAACAGCCUGGUUGGAGUUUAGAUCAACCUCUUCCUGCUGAUUAUUUACGUCCCUUAGAUGGAGACAAAAGAGAAGCGCCCAUGCUCACCUUUAGGACGGAUAUGAGCGGCCUUUGAAGGAAGUUAAAUGAAGCGCUACUGAAUGUGUCAUUGUUACAGCAGAUGACUCCACUGCCUCCAGUUCCUCCUCUAUGCACAGACUCUUUGUUAGAAUUGAAAUGGGGAAAAAAGAAAAAAGCUCACCGAAGAGACGACUGCCGUUACCGGGGUUUUAGGUCAUGCACCGACUGACAAUGUUAAUUAACUCAGGAUUUUUUUUAAAUAAAAGCCUUAUUUUUAGUCAGUUUUUCCCUGCUCACUGCUACUGCGGCUGGAUGUGGAGCCGUAACAUUAUUUAAUACGAUACUUAUUUUUGCCAUUCAUAGUUUUAGCCCGAUGUCUGCGGAGCACUUGAUAUGUUAGUGUUUUAUUCAAAUUUAAAAAAAAAUAUCUAUUUAUGCCAGUCGAUUUGUUCGUUAUCUGCAUGAAAUCAGCCAUCUGUUUAGUUUUACUUCCGUCCGUUGAGAUGCAAAUCCAAAGAUUUUCUUUCACAUUAAAAUAAUGGGCUAAAGCUAAACAUAUCAAGGAAUGUUCUUUUAAUGUUUUAUUCUAAAUAAUGGUGGGAUGUUGCUAUGCAAGGGGGUUGGAUGUUCUAAAGUGUCUUAAUUUAAAAACAACUUGUAAAUAGUUAUCUUCUCUCCUAUGCUGCAUCACAUGUCCCAAGUGUCCUUAGAGAUGUACGGUGUAGUCUUUAAUUUAAAGGACCCUGACCUUUUGUUUCUGCCUUGAAAUGCCUCUUUCAAACCUUAAUCCUAUUUUUUGUUCUUUUCCUCACCUUUUUGUUCUUUUAAUUUACCCUGAGGUGCCUUAAACACACUCUUUAUGGAAGCUGCAAGGAGCUCCAGUGUCUUCCAUCAACAAGUGUUUACAUAAUGUAAAUUCAAGUGCUCCUUACUUCUAAAGGGGAAUACAAACGCAACAAAGAGGUCUAGGAUUAUCUUCAUUUGGUUAUAUCUGAGGAGUUUGUUCUGUUGUUUCUGUUUUUUUACUUCUUGGAAGUUAUAUCACACGUAAAACAAUGAGGAAUUCUGUGUGCGUCACUGGUUGUUUACAACAAACCCAAACGUGAUGUUUGUCUUUUUCCAGUCCUGAUAAUCAGUUAGGAUGUUCUUGAAACAGCAGUAAGCCAAAACCCCCUUCAUGCUAGUGUUACUGUAUGCAGACGAUGUCUUUUUAUUACUGAAUGAAUGGAAGCAGUAGAUGAGGACUGUACCAGCAACAGUUUGGUCUCUGUCAUAUGAUGGUAUUUUAUCAUGUGGUUGUUAAUAAAAGCC